AUGGCUGCCAAUACCUACUCUUAUUCUCCUUAUUACCGAAAGGCUGUGCCACCCAACCAGGUCUCACCACCUCUCCAGCCAGCUCCUCCCCUCAAGCAUGAAACCAUUCUCCUCGAAGAUAGAAAAACCCUAUUCCAGAAGGAUGUAGCCAUCCCGAUGCGGGACGGUGUCUUGCUCUAUGCCGACGUGUACCGUCCCGAUCCCAGCCUCAGAGCCAAGACCCCCACCCUGGUGCUGUUCGCGCCAUUCGGAAAGCACGGGGCCGUUCCUAGAGAGAGGUUUCAGAACAUGGGAGUCGAUAUUGAGAAGCUGAGCCAGCAUACUCAUUGGGAGCUGCCUGACCCUCUUCCUUGGUGUGGAGAAUGGGGUUAUUCCUUCUUGUUGGUCGACCCAAGGGGCAUCUGGUGGUCCGAAGGCGAUGGCUCGAACCACAUCUCGCCAGAGCAAGGUAGGGAUGGGUCUGACAUUGUUGAGUGGGCAUCGCAGCAAGAAUGUGGACGUCGAUCUGGGUCUACCGGCGACAUUGGCUGGGGCGGCGGCGUAUCCUACUACGCAAUGUCCGCAAACCAGACCGCCGUGCUGAAGCCACCUCACUUGAAGGCCAUCAUGAUCUGGGAAGGCAUCUCGGACAUCUACCGCGAGGUCAACGCGCCCGGCGGCAUCCCCAACGUCCCCUUUCAGCACUUCUGGAUGAACAUGACUGGGAACGGCCUCGGCAUGACCGAAGAUCAUGGCGCAGCCAGCAUCGAGCAUCCAUUGUUUGACGAGUAUUGGCAAUCCAAAGUGGUUGACUGGAACCUGAUUAAUGUCCCCGUGUUAGCGGUGACAGGAUGGUCAUCGCUUGGCCUUCAUCUUCGUGGGACAAUCGAGGGUUGGAAGCAAAUGUCUUCGCCAGACAAGUACCUCAUCAUUCACGCCGGCCGAGAGUGGUCUGAAUUUUACAAGGACGAAAACAUCAACAAGCAACGCCUAUUUUGGGACCGCUACUUACAACACGUUGCGAACGAUGUGGAAAAAUGGCCUAGAGUUGAGCUGGCUGUCAGGACGUCGGCCACAGAGAGUUUGCGGCGCUUGGAAUCCGAUUUCCCUCCCAAAGCACAACUCAUCAAGUAUCGACUAACGACGGAUGGCAAGCUCGUCCUUAACGACGGAAGUGCCAGCAACAGUCCUCCAAGAUACGUCGCUUUCAUAGCACACAAGUCCAGUUCCGUCGCUUUGUUCGAUUUCAAAAUUGACCGGCGUAUCGAGAUUACCGGGUACUCGUCAGUCAAGUUAUUCAUCCAGGGGCUCUCUUUCCCCGACGUGGACUUGUUUGUCGCGUUGCAAAAAAUCGACAAGGAUGGUCAGACUGUCAAAUAUUACAACUCUACACAGAAGUUGGAAGCCGACGCAAGUUUUGGUUGGUUGCGCGCCUCUCACUGGGAACUUGAGACGGCCAAGAGCACCCCUGAGAGGCUAGUUCACCUUCACCAGAGACGUCUCUGGCUGCGGCCCCAGGACAUUGUUGAAGUUAACGUUGAGUUAUGGCCUAGUAGCACCAUUUGGGAAGCUGGCGAAACGCUCCGCCUUGCAGUCAAAGGGACGACCUUUACCGACCAAGAAAACAUGACACAGUUCAAAGGGCCGAGCCACAGUUUCGGGGAGGUGAGGAUCUGGACGGGUGGAGACUAUGAGAGCGAGCUACUUGUUCUAGAUGUUGCGCCCUCUAAAUAA